AUGUCGUUUAUGAGUAGUGUAGGAUGUCCCAUCAGGGCACCGCAGGCGUCUGAAAGGAUUGGUCAUCAGCUUCGCGGGCCACUCCUUCUCCAGGAUAUCAAUCUAGUCGACAUCAUCUCUCAUGUUACUCGCGAGCGUAUCCCUGAGAGGCGAGUAUCAUUCCCAUUGGAAUACAAUAUGCAACUCGUCCACGCCAAGGGUGCAGGUGCUUUCGGAGAGUUUGAAGUUACGCAUGAUAUCUCCGAAAUCACCAGCGCUGCAUUUCUCAACCAGGUUGGCAAGAAGACUCCUCUCUUUGCGCGCUUUUCCACAGUCGCUGGGGAAAGAGGUUUUGCAGACAGUGUCCGUGAUACUCGUGGAUUUGCUUUCAAGCUGUAUACUGAAGAAGGGAAUCUGGAUUGGGUGUUCUUCAGCACUCCCGUUUUUCCCAUCAGGGAUCCGGCGAAGUUUCCUUCCUUCGUCCAUGCACAGAAGCGAGACCCAGCUAGUAACCUGAAGGAUCCUACACUGUUCUGGGACUACUUCAACAACAACGCGGAGGCAUACAAUGCCCUUAUGUACAUAUUCAGUGACCUCGGCACCCCGGUGUCCUAUCGAUACGCUGAUAUCUACAGUAUAAAUACUUACAAGUUCACCAAGCCGGACGGAUCAUUCAAAUACGUCCGACUCACCCUCAAGACCGACCAAGGCGUCAAGACCCUGACUCAGGACGAGGCAACAACCAUCACCGGAAAGGAUCCCGACUACAAUACUCGCGAUCUAUAUUCUGCCAUCGAAAAGGGCAACUUCCCAACUUGGACUGUAUAUGCACAGAUCAUCGAUCCCGCUGAAGCAGAGAACUAUCCUGUCAAUAUCUUUGAUGCGACAAUGACGAUUCCCACAGAGGACUUCCCCUUGAUUCCUUUUGGAAAGAUCACUCUGAACCGCAACCCGAUCAACUACUUCACGGAAGUCGAACAGGCUGCCUUUGCGCCUGCGAAUGUCGUUCCGGGAUGGGACAUUAGUCUUGAUCCGAUCCUUCAAAUCCGCCUAUUCGCCUACGGCGACACGCAGCGCUACCGUCUAGGAGUCAAUUUCCCCCAACUACCCACCAACCGAUCCUUCUACGUCUACAACCCGACCAAACGGGACGGCGCCUCGAACAUCAUGAACUACGGUUCCAUCCCGAACUACAUCCCCAGCACAGAGGCGCCUCCGAUCGUCCAGGCAGAGCAAUAUGAACAGCCGGCCUUCCACGAGGAAUUCGUAGGCAGAGCGACCAAGUUCGAAAGCCAUGUUACCGAUAACGACUUUGUGCAGCCACGAGCAUUCUGGCAUUCUCUGGCUCAUGAAGAAGGACAGCAGGAGCAUUUCGUCUAUAACGUCGCUGUCCAGUUGUAUGGCGCUAUUAGAGAAGUACGAUUUACGACGUAUGCUAUAUUCCACAAAAUCGACGCACGGCUCGGCGAGUGGAUAGAGAACGAAACCGAAGAAAUGGUUAAGGCCAAUGCCAGUAUGGAAGAGAUCCCGGGUGUAGUUGUCGGUGGAGCGGAUCACAAUCCAGUUCCUCCUACGGUGCCGGCGCCGCAUACGAAUGUCGAGAGGGACAAUAUCUUUGAGAAGAUUGCAAAGAAGUUUGAGAAGGCUGUUUGA